AUGGAAGAUGAUAGCGGAUUUCGAUCGUUAGAUAGCUCAAUAAAUGAGACUGGAAUACGAUCUGACGAAAAUCUUCGUGAAAGUGAUUACGAAAAAUUGAAACCAGAUGGCUUGCGAAAAACUAAGCAUGGUAUAGACUUUCAGCUGGCUUUACAAAUUUUAGUGGCGAAUCGAGCUAAUUCACGCAAUUGUAAGUUUAUCAUGUCUAGCGAAGCAAAAGAGGCUCACAAUCUCGAUGAUUUAGUAAUAGACUAUGGCCAUAGAAUUGUAUUUGUACAAGCUAAGCAUGCGGCAGAAACAGUCGAUACUGAUAGCCAUUCAUCGAAUAUUGCAAGUACUAGUAAAGAUUCGAAAAGGAAAGGAGUCGCUAUCCGUUUAGCUGAUUUUUUUGAUACAUGGAUGAAAUUGAAAGAGGGGCCGUGGAGUAAAACAUCGACAGAUAAUAUAAAAGAUGUUCGAUGCAUGCUCUUUACCAAUCGAAAUAUAGAAGAUGGUGACGAGUAUUUAGAUGACGCAGAGUUUGACCUAGAAGACGAAUUUAAAUUUGAAGAUUUUAAUACGAAAACCAAGAAAUUUAAACAAGGAGAAACUAGAGAAGAAUUUAAGCGAUCAAUACAAGCAUAUUCAGAGACAGCUAAGAAAUAUUCGAACAUCGUCAGAGACUGUGAUCCCGAAGGAAAUGAACUUAUAAUUUCAAAAGAUGAAAAUUUAAAGAAAAGGCCUAGAGUCGAUGAAGAAGCAGCAAUCAAAGAAGCUGCUCUCAAAUUGAGCAAAAAAUUGAUGAACGUAAACAAGAAUAGUAAAGAGAUUAGACUUGCUCCUCCUGAUAUUUCUUUUAAAGCUUUGGCUUUGGUUAAGUUAGCCAUUAGUGAUAAAUCAUUCAGGAAUCUUUUGAUACCGCAUAUGGAUAAAAAAUUAAAUAAUCCAGGGGAAAUAUUCGAUCAAUUUAAAAAAAUUAUUAAAAUAAAAGAUGAACUGAAUUGUUCAGCAAUUUUAUGUAAUGCUAUGGAAGAUGAGAUUAAUCAAUUCCUCGAUGAAUUUAUAUUUAAAUAUGAACAGCCCAAUUGCUCACAGUUAGAGGAUCUAAUUUUGAAAGAGCUUGGAUUUCGCACUAAUAUUGGCCAGCAAGAAGUAUUCUAUGCAGUACAUAAGACCAUGAAUACAUGGUUUAGCAGCCUUAAAACCACUUACAUUACUGCGGAAGUUUUUAAAAAAGCAAUCAAUGUGCAUUUUAGUAAUGCACUUCGAUAUCACUUUCUCUCUCACACAAAGAAUUAUAUGGAAAAGUUUAAACAAUAUCCAGCAAUAGACAAUUUAAAGGUACAAGGUUUGCUGACAUUUUUAGAAGAUACUGAUUGUCUAGCUGACUCGAAGAGCACACUAUCUCAACUUUUACAACCUAUUAUGAAAGAGGCAAAUGAUAGCAAGAAAAAACUAGUGUUGCUCUUGAAGGAUAAGCAGAAGCGCGAUUUAGAUAUUUUAUUACAUACUGACGAUGAUAACAACGAUAAUACUUUAAGUUUGCCAGAAUCAAUGGCGCUACCUUCAGGAAAAAAUGAUCAAACAACAGUAGAAGGUAAUCAAAAUCUUGAAGAAGGUGGAAGCACGAGUAUAAACAUUAAAGGGCUUUCAGGGAAUCAAAUUAAAUCUAUAUAUAAAACUGAUGAAAAUAAAUAUAUUGAUCUGGGUGGCAAAUUUUAUCAGCUUUCAAGACUCAUCAAAGAUACCUCUUGCAGUUUGUUUUCUUUUCUAUCAGACUUAGAUAAUGUAGAUUUAAUUCGAAAUAGAUUGAAAGCAGAAAGACCAAAAAGUGAUAGAGGAUUAAAGAUGAACAUUUACGUACCCAAUGAUGUGAUUGAAGGUGUACCUAUUUACGAUUUAAGAAACUUACUCACGACUGCUAAAGCUAACCUAUUUAUAUUCAAAAAUAAUACUAAUGAAAAGCAGCUAAAGGAUCAACUCGAGAAGUGGUUCAAUGAAUGGGAGGUUCGAUUUCAACUCUAUGAGAAAGUACAACAGGAAACAGAUUGGUCAGAAAAGGAGAGUGUAAGGUAUAUUUUCUUGCGAAAUAUAUCGGAUAUUGAAUUUUCCGAAAAAAAAUUUCGAGAUAAGUGCUUCAUCUAUAUCGGAGGCUCUGAAAGUCUUAAAGAAAAAAAUAUUAUCUACAUUAAUUUAAAAUGCCGGGAUAGCACAUGCAGCAGUGUAAUUAUUGAAAGCAAUCCUAGCAAUUUAAAUUUUUCAAGUCCAUUGGAAUACGACUUUAAUAAGAAUUUGGGACAAUUAACUAAUUCCGAAAAAGAUGUAUUCCAGUUUUAUAACUUUUCAAUAUUAUUAGCAGAUGCUGGCCAUGGUAAAACUGCUUUUUGCUUGAAUGAAAGAUAUAAAUGGAAGGAGUACGAAGACGAAAUUAGCUGGAGGAUUUUUAUUAGCUUACCUAAAAUUCAGCUAUCAUCCUCUCCAAAACUGUCUUCCAUUUUUACGAGUGAGGCAACAGGACAUGAAUGGGAAAAUUGGCAAUUGGAAAUUAUACAAAAAGAUAUGGAAGAGACAGGUAAAGUUUUUUUGCUGCUUGAUGCCUUCGAUGAAAUGAAAGACCAGGAUCAAAUUAAUAAUUUACGGCUAUGGCUUGACAUCAUUCCAUCAUCAACAUCUAUCUUGAUAACUACGAGACCUUAUGCGAUUAAAGACAUCAAGCUAUCCAAAAAUCAUCAAUUUGGAAAAUAUUUUCAAUUACAACAAUAUAGUGAAAAGCAGCUUAAAAUUUAUAUCAGCAGAUAUAUAGAAAAGAUUUGGAAUAAAAUGAAUAGUGAUAAAGGAUUGCAGCCAAAUCAAAAUGAAAUUGUAAUGGAAGUAUGGAAUAAUUUAAAAAGAAAUAAAAAAGUCACAUCAACUUUAGGUAUCCCUCUUGAAAGUUAUAUUUACUGCGAAAUUAUGGAAAAUCAACUUCGUGAGUGGUUAAGCAAAUCAGUUAGUUUGAAGAAUAUAAAGUCUAUUCUAAGUAAACAUAGUUCAGAUAGUACUGUAAAACUUUUCCAACAAUUUUUCAAGGAAAAGCUUACGUUAUAUUUUAAAAGACACCUUAAAUUCGACAACCUCAAAAUAAUAAAAUCAUCUUCAUAUAUUUUAGGAACUUCCUUUACAAAUACAUUAUCAGCAUACGCGUUCAAGCAAGCUUUUAAUUUAAAAGAUGAUCUUUUUAUUGAUAAGUGUUUUGAUAAUAUCCAGUAUAUAGAUCAAAUUACCAAGGAAUUACCAAACACUGGCUUGAUAUUAAAUGUUGAUAAUUCUGAGCCAAAUCUUCAAUUUAUUCAUGACACAUAUCAAGACUACCUCGCGGCAGUAUUUCUCAUCAAAGAUAUUCUGCUAACAGAUGAUUUUCCUGACACAAUUAAGGAGUGUAUAACAAAGCGAUUAUAUAAUCCAAAUUACAGAUUGUUCUUCAGGUUUGCUGCUCAAGUGAGUAUUGGUGAAGAACCGAUAUUACCAAAACUUGAUAAAAAACGCAAAAUAGUUAUAUUCAGGUUAUGGAAACUAUUAACUGAAAAGGUGGAUAUUAUGGGUGCUGGUUCCCGUAGAUUAUUUUAUGAUUGCUUACACGAAUAUACGAAAGACCAAAGGGAAAAAUUAAAAUCCUAUUUAGCGGGAAAUGAAUGGGCAACUGAAUUAAUAGAAUUUAUCGAUGAAUAUCGAGUGAUUCGAGCCGAAGAUAGCGAAAGAAAUAGUCAAAAUGAUCAAAAUGAAAAUGAAAACGAAGAAGUUGAAAAAUUCACCCUGCUGCUGGAUAAUAGUGAUCCAACUCUGACGAAUAAAAAGAUGGAAAUAACUGAGCCUAAAUCGACGGCUAUACGUAUUGAAUUGUUGCAAAAUAAAAAUUAUGUUUAUAGUUACACAUCAUCUAUAUUACAGGAAUGCAAUGCUGAAGAUGUUGCAUUGAAGUUUGAAGAAGUAACUGAAGAUGACCUUGAAAGUUAUAAAUAUUGGGAUAUUGACGGUGGCUUUUCAGCUAUGGCACUACUGGGUAAAGCCUUCACGCAAAAGUUAGCAGACUAUUUUAUAUACAAACUUAAUCGGGAUCCGAGUGGCGAUUUCAAGAAGCAUUCCAGGCUAUUGAGCUUUUGCAUGAUAAACUGCGUAGCUUUGGAAUUAGAAUUCGCAGUGACAGUAGAAGAGAAUGAUAAAAUAAUAUUUUCAAAGAUAGAAAUUUUUCAUUUAAGCGUAAAAAUACCUAAGGACGGGAAUAAUGCGAUAGAAAGUAUUUAUAUGGCGCUACAGAAUUACUUAAUAGAAAAGCUAAAAAAAGAAUCUGGCAAUAAGCUGAAAGAGUUGUUUACUACUAAAGAAGAAAUAUGGCAAUUUCUACUUGACUCGUGUGGAGAAAAAAUAGUGAACUUAGCUUUACCCUUACUAAAAGAUCAGGAAGGAAAUAUACGAUGCGAAUUUAUUACAGAAUUCAUUUCUGAUGGCGAAAAAGCUGCAGCAUUAUACAAAUUCUUGCAUCGAAACAAAUUAAUGACGGAGGAAAUUGCAAAUCUGCUGUUAACAAAGUGUGAAUUAUAUACGACCGAAAGUGCUAAGGGGUAUUUCUGGCCGGCUUACGGCGGCAUAAAAGCAGUAGCCUAUGUGGGGGAAUUCUUUAAUGAAAGAUUUGCUUCCUUUUUGCGUAUUCGCGCAGGAAUGUGGGGUAAUAUUAAUGUUAAUGUAGAAUAUAGUAACCUUUUACUAGCUGUUCGGGCCUUGCAAAAGAUUGAAAAAACCCUAGAUAGUAGGAUAGACGAUAAUUAUUUUCAUCAAAAAGCUCUAGAAUCUGUUAAUAAUUGUUGGAAUGAACUUCCCAAACACUGGACAGAAGAAGCAUUAUCACGUAUAAAGCCCUUCUAA